AUUUUAUCCAAGCAAUCCUUCGGGUAGCUGCACAGUGCCUGCAAUGACCUGAGUCAGUCAUGCAAAGAGACUUUCUUAUGUUUACACCAAUGUUUUCUUUCAGUUUCCAUUUUCUGCUGCUCCUGUUGUCCAAUGCUUUAAGCGGAGUGAUGGAGGUGGCACUUCACACUCUUCUUAGAUAAGAUCUUGAGCAGCAAAGAGUGGUUUAAACAGCAUGUCUGAAAAUUCCCAGGCUGGAUUUCUUUGCAAGGUUGCUGUCAUGUGUGCACCUGGGAUACCUGUCUCUUCAGAAGGGUGGGAAGAAGUGAGGUCUCUUGCUUCUGAAGAGAGAAAAAUCGAGGCCCGACGAGCAGGUACUGGUGACUUGGAUUAUUACUGGUUGGAUCCUGCCACGUGGCACAGCCGGGAAACAUCACCUAUUAGUUCGCAUCCUGUAACGUGGCAACCAUCUAAAGAGGGGGACCGAUUAAUUGGACGUGUUAUUCUUAACAAGAGAACAACUAUGCCCAAAGAAUCAGGUGCAUUAUUGGGUCUAAAAGUUGUUGGAGGAAAAAUGACUGACUUAGGACGCCUUGGUGCUUUCAUCACCAAAGUCAAGAAGGGUAGCCUAGCAGAUGUAGUUGGACACCUAAGAGCAGGGGAUGAAGUUCUAGAAUGGAAUGGUAAACCCCUGCCCGGAGCUACAAAUGAAGAAGUUUACAACAUUAUUUUAGAAUCAAAAUCAGAACCUCAAGUUGAAAUUAUUGUUUCAAGGCCUAUUGGUGACAUUCCCCGGAUUCCUGAAAGCUCCCACCCUCCACUGGAGUCCAGUUCAAGUUCCUUUGAAUCUCAGAAGAUGGAAAGGCCUUCCAUUUCUGUUAUUUCUCCAACAAGUCCUGGAGCUCUGAAAGAUGCCCCACAAGUCUUACCAGGGCAACUUUCUGUGAAGCUGUGGUAUGAUAAAGUGGGACACCAGUUGAUUGUAAAUGUUCUGCAAGCAACAGAGCUACCCUCUAGAGUAGAUGGGCGUCCCAGGAAUCCCUAUGUAAAAAUGUAUUUUCUUCCAGAUAGAAGUGAUAAAAGUAAAAGGAGGACAAAAACAGUAAAGAAAGUACUAGAGCCAAAAUGGAAUCAAACUUUUGUCUAUUCACAUGUGCAUCGUAGAGAUUUUAGAGAACGAAUGUUAGAAAUAACUGUAUGGGAUCAACCAAGAGUGCAAGAAGAAGAAAGUGAAUUUCUUGGAGAGAUCCUCAUAGAGUUGGAGACAGCGCUUUUAGAUGAUGAACCACAUUGGUAUAAACUUCAAACACAUGAUGAAUCUUCACUACCUCUGCCUCAGCCAUCACCUUUCAUGCCAAGGAGACACAUUCAUGGAGAAAGUUCUAGCAAAAAACUACAAAGAUCUCAGCGAAUCAGUGAUAGUGACAUCUCAGAUUAUGAGGUUGAUGAUGGUAUUGGAGUAGUUCCUCCAGGCUAUAGGUCUAGUGCUAGAGAAAGUAAAUCUACAACAUUAACUGUGCCAGAACAGCAAAGAACAACUCAUCACCGCUCACGUUCAGUAUCUCCUCAUCGCGGCGAUGAUCAGGGAAGGCCGCGUUCACGUUUACCAAAUGUGCCAUUACAGAGGAGUUUAGAUGAAAUUCAUCCCACAAGAAGGUCACGUUCUCCAACCAGACACCAUGAUGCCUCCCGAAGUCCAGUUGAUCAUAGAUCCAGAGAUGUGGAUAGUCAUUAUUUAUCAGAACAAGACAGUGAGCUUCUUAUGCUGCCCAGAGCAAAACGAGGACGAAGUGCAGAAUGCCUACAUACUACCAGAUACUUUGUUAGGCACUAUAAAACAUUACCGCCCAAGAUGCCAUUAUUACAGAACAGUUCUCACUGGAGUAUUUACGGCUCGAUUCUGCCUGCAUAUGCUAAGACAAAAUCAGUGACUAGACAGGACUUUCCCCUUCAUCAUGAAUGCUUUAACUCAAGAGUAUUGAGAUUUACUGAUGAUAUAUUGGUUAGUGAACUGCAGCCCUCCCUUGACAGGGCUAGGAGUGCUAGUACCAACUGCUUGAGACCAGAUACUAGUUUGCAUUCACCAGAACGAGAAAGGCACUCCCGAAAGUCUGAAAGAUCUAGCAUCCAAAAACAGACUAGGAAAGGCACUGCCUCUGAUACAGAAAGAAUGCAUCGACAGGGAAGUCCAACCCAGUCUCCUCCAGCAGACACAUCAUUCAGCAAUCGCAGGGGAAGACAGCUCCCACAAGUGCCAGUGAGGAGCAGCAGUAUAGAACAAGCAAGCUUAGUAGUGGAGGAGCGAACAAGACAGAUGAAAAUGAAAGUGCAUCGAUUUAAGCAGACAACAGGGUCUGGUUCUAGUCAAGAACUUGAUCGCGAGCAAUAUUCCAAGUAUAACAUACAUAGAGAUCAGUACAGAAGCUGUGAUAACGUCUCUGCCAAAUCAUCAGAUAGUGAUGUCAGUGAUGUGUCUGCCAUUUCCCGAACCAGCAGUGCCUCACGCCUCAGCAGCACAAGCUUUAUGUCAGAGCAAUCUGAGCGCCCCAGGGGUAGAAUCAGUUCAUUUACCCCCAAAAUGCAAGGCAGACGGAUGGGGACUUCAGGAAGAGCCAUCAUGAAGAGCACCAGUGUGAGUGGAGAGAUGUACACACUGGAGCAUAAUGACGGCAGCCAGUCGGACACAGCUGUGGGUACAGUUGGAGCAGGUGGAAAAAAACGGAGAUCCAGCCUGAGUGCCAAAGUGGUUGCCAUAGUAUCUCGAAGGAGUAGAAGCACAUCUCAACUUAGCCAAACAGAGUCGGGCCACAAGAAGUUGAAAAGUACCAUCCAGAGAAGCACAGAGACAGGCAUGGCAGCUGAAAUGAGGAAGAUGGUAAGGCAGCCGAGUCGCGAGUCCACGGACGGCAGCAUCAACAGUUACAGCUCGGAGGGGAACUUAAUAUUUCCUGGAGUGCGACUAGGAGCUGACAGUCAGUUCAGUGAUUUUCUUGAUGGAUUGGGACCAGCCCAGCUUGUUGGCCGCCAAACCCUUGCCACCCCUGCAAUGGGGGAUAUACAGAUUGGAAUGGAGGACAAAAAGGGCCAAUUAGAAGUUGAAGUUAUUAGAGCACGAAGCCUCACACAGAAGCCUGGGUCCAAAUCUACACCUGCUCCAUAUGUCAAAGUGUAUCUUUUGGAAAAUGGGGCCUGUAUAGCCAAGAAGAAGACAAGAAUUGCACGAAAAACCCUUGAUCCUUUGUAUCAACAGUCCCUGGUUUUUGAUGAAAGUCCACAGGGUAAAGUUCUUCAGGUGAUUGUCUGGGGAGACUAUGGCAGAAUGGACCACAAAUGCUUUAUGGGUGUGGCUCAGAUCUUGUUGGAAGAACUCGAUCUGUCCAGCAUGGUAAUCGGAUGGUACAAAUUGUUCCCACCAUCCUCACUGGUGGAUCCCACGCUCACUCCCCUAACCCGCCGGGCUUCCCAAUCAUCUCUGGAAAGUUCAACUGGGCCUCCCUGCAUUCGAUCAUAGUGAACUCAUACCAGAGUCAUUCCAAUAAAACUCUACCUUUCAGGAUAAUAAUCUGAACCAGAUAUUUCAUGAUCAAAAGCAUUGUUGGAGACAGACAAUCAACUUGUGUUUUGCCUGUAGUAGUUUUUCAAUAAUAUGUCCCAAUUGUUUAAAACAUGGCUUCAUAUGACAGAACAAGGCAGUCUAUCAAAUUACAGUAAGAAUCAACGUGCUAGUGAGAGUCACUGAUGCUUCUAAUAGAAAAAGAGGAAACUUUAAAUUCACACACAGACACACACACACACAUGCGCACACACCAAAUUGAACAAACUGGAAACUCUCACUCUGUGAAAAGUUGUAUUCUACACGUUUCUGCACAGACCACAAGCAGUGUUAUUUCCCUGGUGUUUGAGAAGUUUUGUUCUUUUGUGUGUUUUGUUUAUUUGUGUUUAUCAGUUUUUGGUUUCUUGAGUUUUUGUUUUGUUUUCACUGUAAUUGUUAUUUCUAGGUUUGGGGCUGUGUCAUGACAGGCCUCAUGAUGCUAACAGAGACUCUUCUUUUCUUUUUUCCAAAAUCACCCAAAAAAGGGCUGAAGCAGUCUCUGUAGCAUCUCCCCAAAGUGUUCAACAGCUAGAGAACGUGAGGCCAAAGAAGGGUUUCACUGGCUUUUAUUUUAUAAUUCUUCAAGUCUUAUGUGUGGAAACCCAAAAGACAAAAAGUUAUCUUCCAAAAUAAAUAAUCUCUGAAUUACUUUUUUAAAUGAAGAGCAUAUCUGUUUGCAUUCUAGAAAAUUAAUUUAUGUUUUCCAUUGUUUUGCAUGGAAAACUUUUAAAGAAAUCAAUCUGCAGCUAAUGCUGGGGAGUAAAACUAACCGCAUAAUUGUACUUUGAGAACACUCCUUGUAAUGCCUUUUUCUUCCUGAUAGCAAAAAAUAUAUAUGCUUAUGUGUAUAAACCAUACUUUUGACUUCCCAAAAUGGUGACUAGGAAUGGGUUUGAGCCUAAGACACUUUCAGCUAUGCCCAGGCUUCUCAGCCAUGCCUCAGUGUAGACACACCCAUCUGCCCUGGAAAGAGCAUGGUAUGAGCUGUUCAAUAUUCCACUGGAAAUUCCAGUUGAAAUAUUCUGCACUAAACUAAUGUUUUUAUCGAAUUUUAGUUUACAUUUCUUUGAGAUUGAUGCAAGCACAAAGCUUGAUUUUUUAAUGCAAAGUCUCUUACUUUUUGGGGGGAAAAUAAAACAAAGUCAAAUUUCAAUUUGCAUUUUCUUCAUUUAGUUUUUCUUGGCCUUGAAUUUCCCUUGUGACAUUCUGUACAUGUGCUACAAACUGCAAACUCUGCAGGUGCAUCGAUAUGUUCUCCCUCCUUUUAUGAGUCAAUCAACUUUUGUGAUUACACAAAUAGAGCAGCAUGACUUGGAACUGUUCAAAGCUGCAUGCACGUUUUGUAAAAAAAAUUAAAAAAGAAAAGAAACAAAGGUAAUUUAAUAAUGUAUGUUAGUUCCACAUAGGCCAGCUUGUAUGUUGCAUGUACUUGUACAGUUUGCUUGUUAAUUACUAUACUGAAAUAACCAAGAAAUCUAAGCCAUCCAUUUUUGUUAUAGACAUUUUACAGGUUUUAGCCAGACUCAGUCUGUGGGUCUGGGGUGAAAUGUCUAUAGAUGGACUUUAUUUUUUACCCUCCAGAAAACGUGAUGUAGUACGGACCAAAUUCCUUCUAAUAAAUAUUUUGGUGUAGAUUCCUACUGUGGGGCUGUAACACAUGUAGACACUGUGUACACACUAGGUUUUAAUCCAUAGACAUACUGCCUGCACCAAGUGAAUUAUUUAUUAUUAUUUACACAUGCCAGAAUUAUCUGCCCAUCAUUCCACAGGGCACAGAUUGACCACUGCUCACCAUGCUGAGCAGGAAGAACUGAAGCAUUGGUGCACUUCUACUAGAUUCCGUUCUGUCUUAGUGGCCAACAAUCAAACUGAUUAUAAUUGGGUAGUAUCUUUCUAUUUUGACCACUUGUCUUAACACUCCCCUGUGCUUUUAAAUGAACUUACAACUCAUGUAUGUAAACAUGUUUAAUAAAAUUUACUUUUCAUGUCAGUCAGUA